UGACCUUGUUUUUUCAUGUUUCUGUUUCCUAGGCUGGCAGUGAUGGUGAAAGCAUAGGAAACUGCCCCUUUUCCCAGAGGCUCUUCAUGAUUCUUUGGCUCAAAGGAGUUGUAUUUAGUGUCACAACUGUUGACCUGAAAAGGAAGCCUGUAGACCUGCAGAACUUGGCUCCUGGGACCCAUCCACCAUUUAUAACUUUCAACAAUGAAGUCAAAACAGAUGUAAAUAAAAUUGAAGAAUUUCUUGAAGAAGUCUUAUGCCCUCCCAAGUACUUAAAGCUUUCGCCAAAGCACCCAGAAUCAAAUACUGCUGGAAUGGACAUCUUUGCCAAGUUCUCUGCAUAUAUUAAGAAUUCAAGGCCAGAGGCUAAUGAAGCAUUGGAGAGGGGUCUCUUGAAGACACUGCAGAAACUGGACGAAUAUCUGAAUUCUCCCCUCCCUGAUGAAAUUGAUGAGAAUAGCAUGGAGGACAUUAAGUGUUCCACACGUAAAUUUCUGGAUGGCAAUGAAAUGACAUUGGCUGAUUGCAACCUGCUGCCCAAACUGCACAUUGUGAAGGUGGUGGCCAAAAAAUAUCGCAACUUUGAUAUUCCAAAAAGAAUGACUGGCAUCUGGAGAUACUUAACUAAUGCUUAUAGUAGGGACGAGUUCACCAAUACCUGCCCCAGUGAUAAGGAGGUUGAAAUAGCAUAUAAUGAUGUAGCCAAAAGACUGACCAAGUAAAACAGCACUUCUGAGAGAGGUCUUCACAUCACUUCCUGAUUAAGAAUAUGCUUUUUCUAACAGACUGCUCCUCUUCCUAUAAAAUAGAAAUUUUAUUUUGCAUGAACAUGGCAGUUAUUCAAGAUUAGGAUAAAGGAUAGAUAAGGUAUAGUAGCUAUCUUUAAACAUACACUCCUAAGCAGUAUUAUUUUAAAAUUAUUUUACCCUGCCUACCUCCCCUAACUCAUAUCCUCCUCUCUUCUAAUUUGGAGACAGUUCAUCACAAACUUUUGUACUUUAGAGGUAGUUUCCUAUCUCUAGAGCCCUCCCCAUUUUGUCCUUUCACUGUGUUAUAGAUGGCAGGACUUUUGAGGUGCAAUGUUUAACUGUUAAAACUGGUAAGCAUGACCUCAUCAGUCAGCCCCAAACUGGUGCAUAAUGCAUGGUACAAGGGAUAUUUAUGUAUUUUUGGAAUUUUAUAUUUAGUAAGAGUAUAUGAAAGGAUUGCUACUGUAUCAAAACCCUCUGUUUCAGUUUAGUCUAUCCUGGAGAAGUGCUAAAGGUUUCACCACCAGAGGAGAGAGCCUUCCACAGGAAGUCACUACAGAUUUUGCUAUUCUGUUUUGUACAUGGAUUCUCACGUUUCCUAAAAGCAUUUAUUCUUUACACCAAUGAUAACAUCUGACACUAUGUAGAAGCUAAAAGUUCAGAGGGAGGGAUAAUAUUCUCAAUCUUUUUUUGAGCAUCUUAUCCAUAGAAACUAAACCAACGGGCCCCUUGUACCUGUCUCAGUGUGGUGUUUGCUAACGUGCUUUGCCCAGUGCCAUUCAUUUGGAACGUUACUGCUUUAUUUUAAAACGCUCCUUUUUAGGUCAGCAUAGAUCUUGCUGUUGGUAGAUCUUUUGAGCAACACUACAUAAACUACUAUUUAGUUGACUUAGCUAUAGCAGUACAAUGAAUAGGAAGGUAAAAAUUAACACAGAAAUUAAGGUUUGUCAAAAUAUCAAAUCGAAUUUUGUUUCUAAAGCUUAUGUGGGAAACCAAAAAACCCAUUCUCCAUCCUAUAUUGAAAAUAAGACAAAACACACAGAUUAGCAGCUGUUCCAUCCACCCCUAUUUACUGUUAGACUUUGGGCUUACGCCUUUUGGACUAAAUUAUAGUUGUUAUGGUGAGUGCACAUUUACAGCAGUUUUGCCUAAUGUCAGCCAUUGCGUUUCCUUCCAUUACAUUUUUCCGCAGCCACGUUGAGGAGUAGCGUUCUGCAUGUUUGUUUUUUUAAAUUGAAGUUCUAAAGCAGGAAUUAUUUGUGCUCUAACAAGGGAGGAUGAGCUUAGUGAAAACAAAACGAGUUUGCUGUUUACUCAUUUUUUUUUUCAAUUGGACUUUCUGGAUAGAGUUGUUACUACAGAACUUUCAGUAAUUUUUUUAUACCUAACUUGUUUAAGAAGCCUAUUUCUCAUAGGCUGUUUUUGGAAAUUUUAAGUAUAUUGCUUUAAAAUGGCAAUGAUUUCCUCCCUUUGAUAUGCUAACAUUUAGUAAGCACUGGCUGUAUGGAAGCAACCUGAUUUUUAUAAGCAUACUGCAUUUUUUUUUUUUAAUGUACCAGUAAUAAGUACAAAAAGAUAAGUAAAGCUCCAUAUUGUAUCUAUUUGGCUCAGGGAGAUUUUUUUUUUUUUUGCUUUGUUUUUCUUAAAAUUCUCUAUUGCUGAUCAAAAGUUUGAGCACCCACCUUUUGUGUAAUUAAUAUUGGAUGCUGAUUUAUCUGGUUCCAGGAAGAACUACUACAGGUUAUCUAUUGAGAAAUUCUAUAGCAUUAGCUUCAUUGGGUAGAAAUGUUACAUCUGCCACCACUACACAGACAGCCAUCGUCACUUUCCCUAUUUUUAAAUAGUGGUAACUUGGCAUCCGGGUAAUAUUGAACCUGCUUCAGAGCUUAGAGGUGAAAAAGAGUCAAAAGAAGGGGUGUUGUUCUCUCCAGUGAAUGGUGGACUAAGUGGUGUGGAAUAGAGAGCUAAUGAGGAAAGAGCAUCAUUCCUUAGAACAAAUAGAAUGAUGAAAAAUACAGUCUAAAACUCAAUUGUGAAGUAUUUUACCUUGAAUAUUUAUUCUCUAUCUUUGAGAAAUGUAUCCGAUGACUGUUCUCUAUCUUUAAAAAAUGUAUCCCAUGAUGCAUCCCUCUCAAUGUCCAAGGAACAGGUAGGACUGUUACAACAUUGAUGAAGGCAGAAUGAUUUUUUCUCUGUAGAAAGACCUCAUUGCUUUUAUCAGGGAAAUUAGUUAAUGAAAUUGAGAUUGGCAAAUGGACAAAAGGCAGUAAAUAGGGUGAUCCCAGCAAAUGCUCUUUUACCCCAUCUUAUAUUUGUACAAAGAUUAUAGCUUAAAUCUUAGAAGAUUUGGGAAUAAAAGUUUACAUGACAAUUCAUGUGGUGUAUGGGUUAUAUAAUGGAAAUCAUCUGUUAUUAUUUCGGCAACUACUGAAUCAUUUCCCCCUUCACUUAAACCAACAAGGAGAUUAGAGUCUGAGUGGAAGCUCUGUUUCCCAAGGGAUUCUGUGAAGUUUUGUGUUCAACAGUUGGAAGUUCUCCAUUUCAGUUGAUGACUUCCUUUAAAAAGAAAGAGUAAAUGCAGUUUUUCUGUACAGCUCUGUUACCUUUUACUAGGAUUGUUGACUUGUGAUGAAAUUAAUAUGACUUUUUUCUUGGUAACUUUGGUUUAGACAACUUAUCUUUAAGCCCCUGAGCAAUCUGUAUACAAUUAAGACAUUUCUGACACAUACUCUUACCCUAAAUUGAUCAACUCUAGAAUUUAGGCAGUCUUACUUCUGUUGAGUUUUGAGUCUCUCCAGAGUUGCAUGUAAAUAGCUUUUAUUUCUGUGCAUUUAAAAUAUCCAUUUAGAAAAUAUCUACAAGGUAAACAUGAUAAGAAAUACGUAUUUUUUUCAUGAACAUUUUGAUAGACAUUUCAUCAAGUUGAUUGAUCAACCAAUUUCUUAUACUGGCUGUAAUAGUAUUUGAUUCAAAGAGAGGGAAGCAUUCAUUAUCUAUAUACUAUGUGGGCUAUUUUAUUCCAUUCUUUACAAAGUAUCAAAUGUUGGGGCUGUCAAAUUUAUAUUUUUAUUAUGGAAAAAUGUUUCAACUCCCCAGGUCAUAAUGUUGAAUAGAAUUGGAGUAUUUCCUUUAAAAUUAUUUGAAAAGGCAAAUGAAAGCCUAUUGAAGAAUGCUUGUAUUUUUCUUUUGUCUCUGGACCCAGUAUAUUGCUGGCAGCUAUUGUAUUAAAAUAAAGUAUAUUUUCACUAUCA